GCCCGUAGGGUGAGAUGCAUAUACGAAACAACCUAAACAUGAAAGACGAGGGUUAUAUUAGUAACUUGCUCGAGCAAUACAGGAACCCAACCUUGCCCGAAAGCGCCACCAUACAACAGAGGACUCCAGGAUUAGUUGGCCGGAGACGCGGACUCGGACAUUGAACUGAAGUUGGAACCUUUAUCCAACAAACAUGCAGCAGGGAGGAGGAUCUGAAACAGUGGUGACUUGGGAGGAUCAGCAGAAUAUCAACAAAUUUGGUAGAUUAAACAACCGUUUUCAUGAGCUUGAAGAUGAAAUUAAGAUUGCCAAGGAAACAAAUGAUAAUCUUGAGGAUGCGAGCAAUGAAUUGAUUCUUACUGAUGAGGAGGUGGUUCGUUUCCAAAUAGGAGAAGUCUUUGCUCAUAUUCCAAAGGAAGAAGUUGAGACCAGAAUAGAAGAGAUGAAAGAGGUGACCAACAAAAACUUGGAAAAACUUGAGGAAGAAAAGGAUUCUAUCCUUACACAGAUGGCUGAAUUAAAGAAGGUUUUAUAUGGAAAAUUUGGUGACUCCAUCAACCUAGAGGAAGAUUAAUGCUGUUCUUCCUUUUGUGCAUUUAGCAUAUUAUUGAGGAAAUUGGCCCAUUCAUCUUUAGAAUUUCAGGAAAAAUGAGAUUCUAAUAGUUUUCUUGGAUAUUGCAGUGUGCGGACAUAAGCUUCUUGACUUAGUAUAUCUUUUAUGGAGUGGCGUCUUCUGUCAUUUCUUUGAGCUCGUUAAACUUUGUAUGUUGUGGUAGUUUUUACUUCAAAAUAGCUAAGGAAUAUUUGGUUUAUAUUACUACGUUUUAAGUCAACAAGAAUGCAUCGAUAUUGAAUUACAGGCUUA